GCUUUUCACCUCGUAUUUUGCUGUAUCUUAUUCGAUCGUCGCGAUACUUGGUGUCAUGUCAUUGACCGUUAAUAUGCUGUUUCAAGCGAUCGAAGAUAACGUGAUCGGCGAGAUAAUUGCCUCCGCUAUAUACGUUUUAACUCAUUUUGGCUAUGUGUUUUGGGUGGCGUAUUUUGGACAGGAUCUAUCUGAUCAUAGCGAAAGUUUGUUUGAAGUAACAUUUUCUUCGCAGUGGUACACAGCUCCGGUGGACAUUCAAAAAUUGUUAAUUUUCCCAUUGCAAAUAUCAUCGAGAACUUGUGCUUUCAAAGUAUUCGGUGGCCUAAUAAUAGCAUCGAUGAAAGGAUUUGCUUCGGUAGCAGUUUUUUUACCUUACUUUUGUUUCGGUAUAGUGCUGAAAGACACGCGUGUGUAACUGAAAUUUAUUCUUGUAGUUGAUUAGUCUGUCAGUGUCUUAUUUUACGGUGUUAUGCUCCAUGUAAUCGUAACGCGAUCAAUACGAAGAAGAAGUGGUAGGAACAUGCGGAGAAAUUUU